UUUACAUAUUUGGUUUAUCGACCUUACUGAUCUGUUCUCGCAUCUUUCAACCGAGAGAGGACUGCAUUUCCCAGAACACCAUUCAAGUCGAGAACCCCCUGUAGAGCACUUUGCUUGGAAAGCUGCGUUCUUCUUGCAAGUGCCGCUGUCUUGACUGUUCUGCUGGUAUUGUGGAGUUACAAAAGAAAGGAACGCAAAAUGCAACGCCAGGUCUGGAUCAGAAUGACUAAAAUCCACCUGUUACUGAACAGCCUGUUAGUCACGAUCCUUGGAGUGGCGGUCAUCGCUAUGACCCUGUGGACCGGCUGUGACGCCCGCUUCACCGCCGUGCGUAGAAUUACUGUGGAAAACAACAACUACACAACUAUGCACAGCGCAGUGCUGUACACUGUGCUGGCUCUCAGUGUUUUCCUGGUAGCUGCAGGAGUGCUGUGUGCAUUGGGGCUGAUCAGAGAGUCCGAGAGGCUGCUGGCUGCAGGGUUCCUCAUCCUGGCUCUUCUGUUCUGUGCAGCAGUGCAGUUGGGAUACUGGAGGGUCAUGCGAGCAGACGAGGUAGAGGGCGCUGUAAUGGAUGUAUAUGAUUUUCUCUACCAUGACUUCCUGAGGAAUCAGUCAGACUCCGCUGGGCAGCACCUGACAGCCUUCCACACUGCGUUCUCGUGCUGUGGAAAGCGCUCCCAUUCUCCUCUCACUGGCACAGUGGAGAGCAUCACAUGCCUGGCCGGACUGAGAGCCACGGGGCAGGGCUGCCUGCUUGCAGUAUCUGCUUUCCUGCAGAAACACGUGGACUGGCUCUGGGCUCUGCUUCUCCUCACGAUGGCAUCCUUGGUGAAUGGGAUGGUCCUGACCUCCUUCCUCUACUUCUCGAUCUGCCUGGGAGACUCCGGGAAGAGGAAGGGGAAGUACACCCUGGCUGGGCUCUAGAGAGGAGAUUCCCGCUUUCUGAGAUGGAUCAAAAAAUGUCACUAACCUGGGACCUCUUAAUCCCUAAGUAUUUGUGUUAUUAGUCCAUGGAUUAUCCCUUACAAAGGUUUUCUGCAGUAAUGAAAGCAUGAUAAAGCAUAGGUAAGCAUUGUAAAGAUAGAAAGUGUGGUCAAGCAUAUUAACAAACAUGGGGAAAAAGGGUAGGCAAUGGUAAAUAUACAGCAAAAGCCAAGGGAAAGCAUUCGGAAAACAGCAACAAUCCCAGGGUAAACUCUUCUACUGGAUGUCCACAUGUGAGCUGACAGGACUUUAGGAGACCAGGGGUGUGACAGACAGACAAGACGAGUGCAUUUUUGAACAAGCUAACGUACUGUAAAACACGGGCUAAUUAGACAUUUGGUAAAUUACAGAGUUUUGUUUGCUUCUUUCUUUCUUCUUUAUCAACCCGAAUGAGUUAUUGUUUUCAUAUUGGAAUUGUUUUCCCAUGUUAAUUAUAUAAUCAAUCAACAUCAGUGGCAGAAAAGUUAUAAUUUUUUUGUCACAGAUUUGGUUGUUAUUGUGUUUGAGAAACGUUACGUUGUUAAUGUCUGAGAUUCUUUAAACAGAGACUGCAGUUCUGGGAUUCAGUUUGCCUUCUGAAGCUGGUAUAAUUGCACACAGUGGGCUGGCUACUGCUUUACGAUGUGGUUUUCUUGUCAUGCGCGAACCAACGGUUUAUAUCCAAUAAACUCAAAAACACCCAAAAGUAAAAUAAAAAAAAAUACAACCCCCCCAGCACGCUUUUAUCUUAUCAAGCUUCCAAGUGCAUUUCUAUUGUCAGACCUUCAAUGGCAGCAACCUUUGUUAUUUCUGUAACCUUCUCAUCAUUAAAGCAUUGUAAGAAUGAAAAA